AUGUCCGCUUCAUCCACGACCCCACCACUCACUCCCGCCGAGCCCAGCACGCCUCCUCCCACCGGUCCAUCCGUUCGGAUCACCCUCCCCACCCCACCUUCGUUCGCCCGGCGUCAGCGGUCCGUCUCCACGUCUGUCCCCUCCCCUCCCAGCAAGCAGGCCUCCGAGGAGGAAAGCGGCGAAUCCACCUCGUCCGGCUCGGAGAACGCGGACGUUGUCUCGCCUUUCAAGAUUGUGGAAUGGAAAAAGUCGCACGGGCGAAGUGUGAGCUUCAACCUCCCUGCUAUCCUCUCGCCCAUCUCGCCGAGGGAUACCAGCCGGAACGUCAAAGAGCCCAGCGCCUCACCCGGGCUGUACCGCAUUCCUCAGAAGUCACCGGACUACGUCGAGUCAUCUACUGUGCCUCUAUCCGAAACGCCCGUCCUUGACGCUGGCGACAAGAAGCGUAGGGUGCCCCCUCGACCCCUCUCCCUCUCGCCCGCAUCUCAGCGGUUCGUCGGGCCCAUGACUGGCGUCUCCUCUACGACUCGCCAUGGACCCAUGACUGUCCCUGCGCACGGCAGUCGAUGGUCGUCUACUGCAGCUGCUCGGGGCUUGAGCAUCGCCCCCUCUUUGGCCAAACAGCGCCACUCUACCUCCUCGGCGUCCGCUCUCGGCUCCAUCUGGUCCGCCAAUCUCGCUGGGCUCGGGGCAUCAUCCGGCUGGAUCUCGCCUGCACUCGCUUCCGCCCGGUCUACUGGUGGAUCGUCGGCCCGUACGCGAGGCCUGACCGUCGCGGUUCUGAACAGCGGGAAAGAGGUCUUAAUCGAGACCUUGCCCACUCCUGGUCUGGGUCGGACCUUGUCUGACCGGUCCGACGUCAUCGCCGAAGAGAAGGAGGAGGAGAUGGAGAUGUUGAAGGAUGAGCUGGCCUCUCCGACACCAAAGCCCAAAGCCUCCUCUCCUGCUCCCAGCACUGCUCGUAGUCCUACAAAGAAGCCCAGAGAGAUCAUUCUUUGUCGGUACUAUCAUACCCCCGACCUGACCUGUACCUCCCGUCCCUGUCGAUUCGUGCACGACCUCGCAAGCGUCGGUAUCACCGAAGCGUCCAUCUCCGACUACAACAUGAAGUCACCCACCACCGCCAACCUCCCCUCGGCCGUACUUGACCGGCGCACGGGCGAUUCCCCUGACUUUACGAGCGGGACUUUUGCGGCGUAUCAAGCCGAGGCGCGGCGCAAGACGCUUACAGUCAAGGAUGUGGAUGAGAAGGGAAUUGUACCGGGCGAAAAGGUCGUGGUGGCGUCGGAGAAUGGGACGGAGGUGGAGGGGAUGGUCUUCUUGAUGAGCGGGGGAGGGAAGGGGCCAGCUGGGAGAGGCAAGGCAAAGUUUAAGACUGUUGCGUGCAAGGAAUACGCCGAGGGGCACUGCCCGUACGGCGCACACUGCUCUUUCAUCCACGACGAGCAGCCUUCUGUUGUGGCUCCUCCCAAGUCGGCGAUCCCCAAUCUCGGCCCCAUACUCUCCAAGCCCCUCGCAACAUCCACUGCCACUACCAAGGCGGAUCGCCGGCGCACAUUCGACCCGACCCUCCUCCGCGGAGCCGUCAAUGCCUGGCUUACCACACCCUCCUCCCCUGGGCCGAUCAACUUAUCGAUGGACCUCGACGCGGUCGAGCGCCACCAGCAGAACCUCUCUGCUUUCGCCCCACCAUAUCGAGAGACGCCUAUCGAGGUGAAUGUCGAGGGCAAGCUCAUCCCCACCACUCCCGGUCUCCCGAGCACAUCAGGCGUCUCGCGUGGAUCCGUCCCUGAGGUGCGAUUCAAGCUCGAGCCUGCCCCAGCCAUGGUCCGCGCCAAGAGCUCCGACUCCACCUCCAGCAAGCGCUCUGCAUGGUCCAAAGGUCCACCGGCACAUCUCAAGACCGUCACCAUUGACAGCUCGCCGAUCAUCCACCAGACCCUGGCCGUCCCCGUCUCGGCAACAUCCAUGUUCGGUACGGGUUCCGACCCCGCUACACCUUGGGACCCCGCUAUCCGCGCUCUACGGAUCGCCGAGGCCGAGGAAGAAGCGGCGCAGGAGAUCAAGCGAGAUCCCGAGUACCCACCCACCGCGAGCUACGCUACCGUCGCUCCCGACUACGUCUACACAUUUCCGGAUGGACCACAACUUGGACCCAUGUCAUACCCGUACAGCGCCCCGGCGUACCCGUGGGGCAUGCCGAUGAGUCCCGUCAAUGUGGCUGUGGGUGGCAUGUAUGAUCCCGCACCGCAGAUCCCGGGGGGACUGGGGGUGAUGUGGACCCCGACGGGUUGGGCCGUACAGGACGCAGCGAUGAAGAUGGCGCUGUUCCAGGCUGAGAAUGGUGAAGGGUGGCGCAAGGGACAAGCGAAGGGAGAGUAUCAGCCAAAGACUUACUGGCGGACGAAAAAGUGCAAGUUCUAUGCCGAGGGAAGCUGCCCACACGGCGACACUUGCACCUACAUUCACGAAGGACCAGUACCCCAAGAGUCCAAACCCAAGCGGUCUAGCAAGAAGAACCACCAGACCCAGCCCUGCAAAUUCUACAACUCGGCCGCAGGGUGCCUGAACAACGACAACGACUGCGCCUUUCUCCACACCCUCGUUGUACCCACUUCCGCUCAGCUCGUCGCUAAGCCUCGACCGUGGCGGACGCGUCCGUGUCGGCACUUCCAAGUCGGCCGGUGCCGCCUAGGCGACUCGUGUCACUUCGCGCACCAGUACGAUGGGACCGGAAUCGGAGGUAGGGAGGAGGGGGAUGGUGGGGUAAGCGAGGGAGGUCACGCGUUGACAGAGGAGAGUCUGCGUCGGUCUUUGGCGGAGAGUGGGAUGAGGGAGAGGGUGAGGGAUGAGGAUGAGGAUAGUGAGGAUGAUUUGGAGAUUGUGACUGAAGACACGUCCACUCUUUCUCCACCUCACAGUGUACGAGCGGUUUGGUAG